UCCACUUUGAGGUUGGCAGCAAAUCAAAACUUGCCAGCGAAGUUUCUAGUAGAAAGUUCCAAAAACAGUUGAGGACUUCUGGUCAACUCUGCUUGUGGUAACCCAAGAAUCAAGAUAAUCUAAAAUAGCUAAAGGUCCCUAUUAAAUUUUCAACCUAUUUGGAAAAAGUCCCACUUAGAGAAAAAGCUGAUAACUUUGAGGCAAAGGGUUUUGAUAAUCUUGAAUUUCUUGAUUAAAUUCAGCUUUAUGGGUAAAGGAGGGGGUUGUAUGCCAAGCAAGAACAAGUUUCGUAUAAAUGAAUCAGCAGAAAGACCAGUGAAUCAAACUGAUGUAACAGGGCCAGAAUCAGAAGGGUCCAAGAAGUUGAGAAUAUUCAUUGUGUUUUAUUCAAUGUAUGGACAUAUUGAAAGAUUAGCUACAAGGAUGAAAAAAGGGGUUGAUGGGAUUGAAGGUGUAGAAGGGGUUCUGUAUAUGGUUCCUGAAACUUUGGCACCAGAUGUUUUGGAACAAAUGAAAGUCCCCCCAAAAAAUGAUGAGAUUCCAAUGAUAUCUGUGGAUGCGUUGGUGGAGGCUGAUGGAUUCUUGUUUGGAUUUCCUACAAGAUAUGGAUGUAUGGCAGCUCAGAUGAAGGCAUUUUUUGACUCGACGGGGAAGUUGUGGAGAGAACAGAAGCUUGCUGGAUUGCCUGCAGGGUUCUUUGUGAGUACUGGUACACAAGGAGGUGGGCAGGAGACCACUGCCUGGACAGCAGUCACUCAAUUAGCUCACCAUGGGAUGCUCUAUGUUCCAAUAGGAUACACUUUUGGAGCAGGAAUGUUUAGAAUGGAUUCAAUAAGAGGAGGUUCUCCAUAUGGAGCAGGAACUUUCUCUGGAGAUGGUAGCAGGGAACCUACUGAACCAGAGUUGGCGCUGGCCGAGCACCAGGGCAAGUACAUGGCAAUGACAGUUAAAAGAUUGGCUCAGCACUCUUCCUUACCAGAGGAUAAUGCCAGCUGCUGACGCUUGAAAAAUGUCCAAAUUUACUGUCUUAAUUUUAUCUUUUGUUAUAUUUUGGGGCCAUUCAUAUCUUUGUCAUUAGCAAAUCAGUCUUGUAUUUGCCUUUGCCUUUAACAAAACUCCAAAGUGAACCAGAUGAUAUCCACAGGUCAAAAUACUUCAGGAAAAAGGUUCAGAUUUAUCCCGCUACUUUUCACUAUAGUUUAAAAUUACCUUCCAUUAUACUUCAUGUUGGAGUUUUGUAAGGGUCGAGAGCGGCAAGGGUGUGGAUGCCAACACAUUAGUAAACUUAAGAUCCUUAGUAAAGUAGAAUUGUAAUUUUACCCUUUUUGCUUCAGAAACACUAAUUUUGUGUCCAUUCCCAAAAACAUUUCCUAAAUAGAAUGUAUCAAAAUCUGUGUGUCCUUAGAGGGUCA